UUUGACCUGCACCUAUUUAUCAAUUGUGAAUUUAAUAUAAAACUGUCACUGUUUACAAAAAAACAAAUCAAUAACAAUAUAAAGAAAACGUAUCAACUAACUAAGGGGGGUAACUCUAAGUUUAUUUUGUGCACUUCACUCGUAUCAGAAGUAGAAGGAUGGUGAAAAUUGGUCUUCAGUUCAAGGCAGAUUUGGAAUUUUUAACAAAUUUAAGACCAGAUGGAGAAGAUUUUAGGUGGUAUAUCAGACUGAAAUGCUUCAAUUGUGGUGAAGCUACCACUGAUUUUCAGUAUGUUACACCGGCUGACAGCUCGCCAUUGAAAGGUGGCCGAGGCUCAGCAAGUAUGGUUAUGAAGUGUAAACUGUGUGGCAGAGAAAGCUCUAUAGACAUAAUAAAAGAUUCCAUAAAACCUUAUAAUAUUGAUGACAGUGGAAAAUUCAAAACCAUGGUUGUAUUUGAUUGUCGAGGCAUGGAACCUAUUGACUUUUCUCCUAGAGUUGGGUUUAUGGCUGAGGGAGCAGAAACAGGUGCAAAGUUUCCUGAAGUGGAACUGACAGAAGGUGACUGGGUUGACUAUGAUGAAAAGCAAUGCGAGUCUGUAGGAGUGUAUAAUAUUGAACACAAGUUUGUGAAGCUUUAGUGGACAGAAUUUAUAGAAGAUCUUCAGUGUAUAUUGCAUAUGGGUUAUCCAACCAGAAGACAUGGCUUCCAAUUUGCAAUAGUUUCUGGUUUUUGGUGGAUGUGUCAUAUGAAGAAGGAAGACUUUCUGAUGGGAUGCAUAUGGACAAUAUAAAAUUCUUUUACUAUUAAGUGAUAUAGUAUCAUCCUAAUGACACACAGAUAAAUCAUACCUUUAAAUAGAAUUUUAGUAAGAGUUAUCAUGUGUGUAAAAUGAAACUUCACCACUCAGCUGUUUCAUCCUGCUAGGACUCCGUUCAGAUAGGUGUGAUGCCAGUUACUGUUUGUGACCUACUAGCAUUACAAUCUUGUAUCAGAAUUUUUUUCAGGUUGGUUAAAAGUUGUAAAUUAUGCAUGUCCAGUUAUUUUGUUACCGAUUUCAGUCUUGUUGAACGAGUUACAGGUUAACCGCAGACAAUCCUGCUUAAAACUGAUCAAAUACACAAAAUUGUUCAUAUUUCCAUAACAUACCGGUAGGUCUAAUGUUGACCCAUCCUCAAAAUUCCAGGGGUUGCCUUGAUUCACUGACUUACAAUCUUUGUAUACAAAAUACUGUAAAUGUACAAAUUUUAGCGGUAAUGUUAUUUAAGC